AUGGAGGAGAAGCCUUGCGAUGACGACUUCUCGCCACCUCCACCUCAUGACGAUGAUGGUGAUGGUGAUGCAUUGACCAGCGACAAGCCGCCGGAGGGCGCUACCAGAUUUAGAGACCCGGAACAGGAGGGGAGCAUCCAUGAUGAGCACGUACAGCUCGGUAUCCAGUACGAGCUGAUGGUGCAGUUACAGAGAUAUAUCGAAAGAGCAUGUUAUGUAUUUGGACGUGGAGAACUCCGAGAGACUCUGUCACAAAAUGGAUGGGAUUGCGAUGAAGCAGUAACGCUAGAUCGUUGGAUGAGAGAGUUCAUCGAUCGACCUGGAAUUUUUGACGUGGGAGCUAGCGCUGAGAGUCUACAGUCAUUAUUUCGAAGGCUGCGUGAGAUUCAAGCGGUCACUCUGAAUUGCACACGUCUGACUUCUGACGAGAUACAUGAAUUUCUCAGUGACGCAUGUGCACUGAUGGAGGUGCUGGAUGUCAGUGGCUAUAAGGAGCUCUUUAAGAAGCUCGAAUUGAGGAUUGGGGGGCUACUGGUUGAUUUCGCCGUCAGGCACUAG